AUGCGUUGUGUUGCGCACCCCGCUGCCCCACGGCAGGCGUCCACUGUCGCUGCAACACGCCCUGCAGUGCGCGCCUCUCCCUCGCACGCUCUGGACCCGCCACACACGCUGCCCGCCUCUGCCUCCGCCAGUGGGCCGCUGCGCGCUGCUGAUGGGGCCCUGCGCCCCGCCACUGGCGCACCUGCUGGCAUCACUGCCAACGGGACUUCACACCCGUCACCAACUGCUGCUGCUGGUAUCAACCAGCCUGGUCAGCAUCACCACGCGGCAACAGGAAGGGCGGGUUUGGAGGGGCUGAUGAAGCAGGAGGAGGAGGAGGAGGAGGAGGAUGAGGGUCAGGAAGAGGGAGAGGGCAGUGGGGAGGAAGGGGCAGACCUGCUGCACCUGCUCACUGCUGCUGCCUCGGGGUCGCCGGGCUUUGCUGCUGGGGGAGGCAAGGGUGCGAUGAAUGGCGUGGGGGAGAAGGGGAGAGGAGGAGCGGGUGGGAGCAUGGUGGUGCGUGGGAGUAGAGGCGUGGAGAAGGGGGAAAAAGCGAAUGGAAGCGAUUGCGGGGUGGGGAAUCGAGGAACAGGUGUGGAGAACGGUGGUAUGAGACUAGUGGAUGGGUUGGAGGGAGGGUUUGAAGGGUUGUGGGAAGGGAAGAAGGGCGGGGGGAUGGGAGUGGGGGGUAGGGAUGCUGAACCGGCAGAGGAAGAAGAGGAGGAAGAGGAGGAGGAAGAGGAGGAGGAGGACGAGGAGAAUGAGGGGGAGGAGGAGGAGGAAGGGGAGGAGGCUUCGCAAGAGGAGUCAGGGCAAUGUGAGGAGAGAGGAAGCGAGGAGAGGCCUGGGAAGAAGAGGCAACGGCAGGGAGGUGGCAUUGAUGGUGGGGUUGGGGCGGCACAAGGGAGCAUGGCGGGUGGCGAGGAGGGGGAAGACGGGUCACAGCGAGGCGAGGUGGCAGGGAACGGGGCGAAGCAGAGCGGCAGAAAGAGGAAGAAGGUGAGCUGGGCUGCUUGCAGUGUAGCGCACAACCCCCACGUUGGGCUUCUUGCAGUGUAG